GAAAAUAAAAAUAAAAAAUCUAAACGCAGUGCAAAGUGAAGCAAGAUAGAAGAGAUGACGAUAAUGAAUUGCGUUUCGCUUUCUUCUCCAAUUUCAAUUCCAUCCCCAAUUUCAAGACAACAACAACCCUAUAAACACCUCGCUUUCUCUUCUUCUUCCUCUCUAUAUUCCAUUUCAACUGUUUCGAUUACUCCACGUAAGCAAUUCAGAAGAAACAAUGGUUUCACUUGCAACGCACUUUUCGGAUUAGGUGUACCCGAACUCGUCGUUAUCGCCGGGGUUGCCGCCAUCGUUUUUGGACCCAAGAAAUUGCCUGAAGUUGGUCGCAGCAUCGGUAAAACUGUCAAAAGCUUCCAACAGGCAGCAAAGGAGUUCGAGUCCGAGCUUAAAAAGGAACCUGAUUCCACAGGAGGGGAGCCAUCUGAGAAACCUAUUGCUGUGAACGAACAGGAGAAGCAAGAUACUGAGGUGUCUAGUUCUAAGGAUAGUGUAUGACAUUUGUAAAAGAUGUGACAUGAUAAGUAGGUAUCAAAUUUUCGCCAUGACAAUAUGUCUUCAAAAGAAACAUUCUUCUCUAA